AUGGAAUCCCUCAGCCAGGAAAUCCUCGAGUUGAUCGUGUAUCACUUAUCUCUGUUUGAUGAUUCUGAGGAUACUCGAUUACCAUGGGAACCACCAGUCCGGAAUAUCCACCCCUAUGCGACCCUCUCUCGACCGUGGCAGUAUGCCGUGGAACGUUUCACCAUGGCACAAAUUACAACGUCAAGUGCAGAUCUGGAUAUUUUCUGCCAAGUAUUAGCAUCUCCUCGAAGAAGGAAAUUAUUGAGACGACUACGCUAUGAAAUAACACUGCCAGCAUACAGCGAAAAUCGAAAAUUCUGCUUGGAGACGAAAAGAGAAACACGAGUCAACCAGCAGGUUUUUAACCAAGGAAUCAUCGAUCUCUAUCAUGAGUUGGCAACCUGGCAGACGCAGGGGAUGAGCGUGGAGAUUGCAGCAUCAUCCCCUACUGACCAGACUCCGUAUGGACUGGGCUGGACACGAUGGCACCACAAGGGCAUUUAUCUCAGUUUAGACAAUGUCAAUCUGCCAGUAUUGUCAUCAGUCAAUGAGUUGGAGAUCCCCAAUGCACGAAGAGAAAUCCAUCCUGCAACGAUCGGUCAGAUCAUCUCGUCAAUGCCGUAUUUGGAAAGUCUGACUCUGAAAUUAAAUGCACCUAAAAAUAAACACGCAGAGAUGAUAAAAGAGCACAGGCAAUCUCUCGCCAAAGCAUUGGAGUCACCGUCUCUACGCAACCUCAAGUCGCUCAGCAUCUAUAUUGAACAAGGCAUUCCCCACAACCACUCUUUUAUAAAUUCAUCUCUUGAUCCCAAAUAUCCCCAUGGCGAUGUUUUAAACGUGGCUAUUCGAAAACUGGCCGAUCGCGCCCGUCUGACUACACUCAGUCUCACUGGCGACUGGCUAAUUUCCCCAGCUCUCUUCGAUGAAGCCACAUUCCCAUAUCUCGAACGAGUGAAAGUCGAAGGAGCACUGAUCACCUACGACGGUCGCUGGUACUACACAGGCGAUCCCAGUGCAGAAGAAAGUGAAUCCCCGCCAAGUGCCGCGUACGCCGACGAUGACAACAGCUCAUCUGACUCCAACUCAUCAUUCAACUCGGAGAUAAAUGAAGACAUCAACGAGGACCGAGAAGAACUGCUGAACGGGGACUCGCCAUAUCACAUGUGGCGCACACAGCCAGAUCCCGAAAUGUUUGGUGCACUGAUGAAGUCGGCGGCUGCGGCUGCAUUGCGCAUGCCAAGUUUGCGGAACCUGAUGAUCUCGGUCGGCCAAGUCCCCAUGAAUGACAAUACCAUCAUUGCUGAAUGUCUGGCGCCUGGGGAGAAGGGUGAGUGGGUUCAAGGGCCAACGAGGGAGGAGCUGGGCGUGAGGCGAUGGCAUGUGACUCUGAUGCCCAAUGCUAAGUGGGAUGCUCCUGGGGAUAUUCAGGCAUUGUGGGACGAAUAUGUAGGCAAAGAGGGGAUUGCAGCUGUGUCACAUUUCUCGUAUGAGCUAGAGGGGAACACAGAUAUGCAGUAG